ACUCUCCAACAGACGAUUUAUUGAUUAUACGCAUGCGCAUCGGAUUAUUGGAAUGUUGGAUACCUGGAAAUUGUUCCGAGGUUUAAAAAAUUAUUAAAUAGAUCGCACACAUUGUGUUGAUGCCGUUUGCCUGUAUUCAGUAUUUGUAUUUUGAAUCGUGUGUCGUAUUUCGUCAGCUUAUUUGAAAAAUUAUAAUAUUAUAUGGAUGUGUAAAUUGCGUGUUUAUAGAAAGCAUAUAUAUAACACUUAUUUGAUGCUUUGAAUAGAACAGUAUUUCAAACAUACGAAAAUACUCAAAGAAAAGGAUCAGAGCAGGUUGAACAAAUUUAUUUAUUGGAACCGUUUUUAGCGGGAACUAAAUUUCUCCUUAACAAAGCAGCAAAGUCUUCAACGGUAACACCGUUAUUACACAGCAAAACAAGCAUGGCAAUGUUGUUUCGAAGAGCCUCAUCAACUGAAGGGCGAUUGAAGCGGAGCAGUAAUGAAAUCAAAUCAAGAGAUAUGUCGACGAAGAAAAAGGUCAUAAGGAAGGUACAAGAGCUUAGCGGGAAUGGUAAAGUCGAGGUGACCUCUGCGUGGACCAUUGAUAUGUCAAACUCCCAGUACAGGGUCUCCUUUUCUCGGGACAAUCUUCAUGUCUGGAUUAACGGGACGGCGGUGGAGACAACGUGCUAUAUUACCGACCAGGCUUACGACGUGGACCUUUUCUUCACGCUGGAGGGCCAGGAAGGGCACAUCUACAGCGACGUCGAGGGACACGAAAUGAUCAACUAUCUGCUCAUCAACGGCGAGAUAAAGGGGCAGGACUACCAAAUGAAAGUGGAUAGCGCGGAAUAAUAUUUCUAAAAAAGUAUGGGACUAUUUUAAGCGCGUAAGAACGGGCGGAGAAGAAGGUGGUGGAUGUUGAUACGUUGUUUGAAAUUUGCGUACUGAAAAGACAAUAGCUUACAUUUAGAUUUAAUGUAAUGGAAUUAUCAAUAAGUUAUAUUAAUUGAAACGAAGAUUAUUUUGCAAACUAAUUCUAUACCUUGACUGUAUGUUAAAUAAAAUGAGUACCGGUAGUUUGCGUAGGAUACAGGUCCAGCCGCAUCGCCAAGUUUCUAUUUUUAGCUGUUUUUAUAUUCCUUUUUAAAUUCAUGUUUUUAUAGGUUUCAAUGCUAAAUCGAUGUUUUCAUUAAAUCCACUUAUUUUGUAUUACUUUGUUUCGUUAGAGUGUGUGUUUACAUGUGCGAAUUGUUUGACUUUUGGCCAGAUUAGUUUUGUUCGUUUCGUGUGUAAUAGGGCACUUAAACUUCUAUAUUGGAUUCAAACCUUAGGAUUUGUAAUAAGCUAUUCACUCAGCUUCCUGUUAUUUGUUAUAACCGUAAAGUGAAGAUAUAUGCUUUUAAAGAUCAAUUUUAGCUUUCUUUCGCUUCAAAAGACCAUUUUAGAUGUUUUUCCUCGAACCAACAUUAUAUAUGGCAUAUUUUAAAUUGCUAAUACUAUCAAGC